AUGCUGCCCGUCUCGCUCUCCGUUUUCUUGGCUUUGUGUGUCGCUCCGCACCGCCUGCCGGCUCCCGUCCACAGCGAGCCCGUCUUGCUCCACUCGAACGUGAUUAAAAACCCCCCCGGCGGGGUCACCCACCUGGACGCGGACGUCUUAACCCUCGACAUCAUCGGCCACCAGAACAUCGCCAUUGAGACAUUGCAGACUUUAAACUGUGGAAGUGACCAGGAAUGCGGGCUGCAGGAGUACUGCAGCGAGAGCCGUGGCUCUUGUGUGCCCUGCAGGAGGCGCCGGAAGCGCUGCUCACGACACGCCAUGUGCUGCGCGGGAAACCGCUGCAACAACGGAGUGUGUUUCCCCAAUGAUCUUGAUACAGCUCAACAAGCUGGAGCUGAUGGCCUUUCUGUUAAUUUUGCCCAUGAGACCAGCAAUUACACAGUUGAGCGCAAUCUCAGGAAUACAUCACGAAGACAGUCACUAAAAAGUCUGGAAGGUGAGACUUGCCUGAGGUCCACAGACUGUUCCAAGGGGCUCUGCUGCGCUCGUCACUUCUGGUCCAGAAUCUGCAAGCCUGUGCUGACAGAGGGUCAGGUCUGUACAAAGCACAAGAAAAAAGGUACCCAUGGCCUGGAGAUCUUUCAGCGCUGCAACUGUGGGGAUGGCCUUGCAUGUCGGGUACAGAAAGGAGAUGUUGUCAGGCAGUCUUCGCGAACCCUCCACACAUGCCAAAGACGCUGAGAAGAUUGAAAUCCAAUGAGGAUGCAUGAGCCUUCGGAAAGUCAAAAAGGAUUCAAACUUUUUUUGAAGAGUGCUUUCAAAUGCUGAAGAGGGACUGCCACAUGGGAGACUUAUGUUUUUUUCUUAUCAUGUUUUGAUCUUCAAAAUAGCAGAUGAUUGUUGCGUUUGUUUCUCUUUUUAUGGAACUGAAAGCCCAUGAAUAUUGCAGUAAAUUACUGUAUUGUAAAUAGUGGAAUGUAAGUGGCACUUAAUCUAUUUAAACUGGCAAUUUCUAUCGAU